GAGCUGGUCCUGGGAGCAGAUUCUGAGAUAUGGGAGGAAGCAGGUUCGGGAGACAGGACUCGUAGGGGAGACGGAAGCGAGUCCUGGACGGGACAGGGCCUAAGGAAGAGAUGAGUCCGUCAAGGGACCCGAGGACUGGACCGAGGGAGUCGGGUGUAUCUGUCAGGACGAAGCCCAGAAGCAGCAAGCAGUCAGAAACCGGGAUCCGCACAGAUGCCCACCAAAGUCCCGCUCUCCCUUCGCCCAGACGAGCCUUACGAUCGAUGCAGAAGGUGACGCUCCGGUGGUGAGCCUGGGACCGGAGAGCGGCGCGCAGACAGCCAAGGCGCCGGGAGCCACACCGCAACAUCGCCACAGCUGUUUCUAGUCUCAGACCCUGGACCAGCUCGCUCGGGCCAGAACUUGCUUGUCGCGAUCUUCCCCCGUGGCACCCUGGGAGUUGUAGUCCAUCAAGGCCUUGAAGCUCGAGCUCCACAAGGACUACUGGGGUACUGGGACUACAGUUCCCAGAGAUUCUCUGGGCGGCGCCGCUGAGAAGCGUCUUCGACAAAGUUGGCGGGGGCGCGCUAGUCUCCUCGAGGCAUUUUGGAGCCCUGCCUAGCGGUGUUUAUCAGAGGUUUUGGAAGACAAGAGUUGCUUCUUGCUUGUCCGGUUAUCUUCAGCCUCCUGCAGAGAGAACAUGCCGAGACCCCGGAAGAGGCUGACUGGGGCUGCUGGCCCAGACAAGAAGGGGCUAUCAGAAAAACGUCCUAAAACUGAAAACUCAGAAAAUACAUCAGCUAAGCUAGAGAAUGCCAGCCUUCAGAAGACUUCUAAAAACUGUGACAAGAAUUUAAGCAACUACUGGCUGAUGAAGUCCGAGCCAGAAAGCCGGCUGGAGAAAGGUGUAGAUAUGAAGUUCAGCAUCGAGGAUCUCAAAGCACAGCCCAAGCAGAUAGCAUGCUGGGACGGUGUUCGCAACUAUCAGGUACGGAGAGAAGGGGCAGGAACCCCGAAACCUAGGCUGGGGUAUACGCCUGCCUUCCCCACUAUGCUCUUCAGCAGCAAGGCCUUUGAACCAACACUGCUUGUCUCGGAACUCUAUCCUGACAAUGUCUUCAGAAAUAUCAUAAUCACUGUGACAGCAUGCAGUAUACAAGUGGCUUGGUUCUGGCUAAUGUCCUGGAACAAGUCUAGGACUCUGAACAAAGGGACAGAUUUUCUCAUGAAUCUGAGAGAAGCGCAAAACAGGAAAAAAAAAAUCUAAUAAAAACAGACUUGAUUUCUUCCCAGCUGGUAGGAGGGUAACCCUUGUCUCUUCUUUGACACAGGCUCGGAACUUCCUCAGGGCCAUGAAGUUGGAGGAAGAAGCCUUCUUCUACCAUAGCAACUGCAAACAGCCAGGCAUUGUGGGACUUAUGAAGGUUAGGUGCACAUAUUUUAGUUGGAUUCCUCCCUUCGGGACUUAUUCAGGUAAAGCCUGCAGCUUAAAUAGGUAACAAUGAAAAGAUGUCCCCUCACCCCCAACUCCCUGUCCCAGAAAAUGAGGACUGCCAUGACCAGUCCUAAGGGUUAGAAUAGGAAGGCCCUACUAAUCCUUCUUACUAUCUGCGGUUCUAUCCGGUACCUCCUCUUUGCGAAGAGUUUCAAGAU